AUGAACCUCUUUAGCAGGAAGAAAAUUCCACAAAAAGACACAAACCAGGAGGAAAAUGAAGGCCAGAAGCGCCCUGCUAAUACUGCUUUUAAGCAACAGAGGCUCAAAGCAUGGCAGCCCAUCCUGGCUCCAAAGACGGUUCUGCCCCUAGUGUUGCUUCUUGGUCUUUUAUUCGUGCCCAUCGCUGUCUUACUCAUCUGGGGUUCGUCCCUCGUGACGGAGAUUGCGAUUGACUACACGGAAUGCGAAAACCAGUCGGCGUCGUCGUCAAACAGCUCCCUCAAUUUCGUCAAUAUCCCAUCGAACAAAUAUUCCUACAAACUUCGUUCUAAAGAUGCAAAAGAAUCCCACGAAAUUUCCACACCUCGUUAUGCAUUUCUUGACAAUACCAACAAUGCCACCGUAACGGAUGUUUCUGACAAGAAACAAUGUGCUAUUCAAUUCCAAAUUCCUGCAGACCUUGAGCCAUCCGUUCUUCUCUACUACAAACUUACAAACUUUUACCAAAAUCAUCGUCGCUACGUAAAGAGUUUGAAUUCCAAACAACUAAAAGGCAAAUUUGUCAGUGCUACAGAUCUUGACAAAAGCGACUGCAAGCCUCUCUCUUCCAUAGACGGCAAGGCUAUAUAUCCAUGUGGUCUUAUCGCGAAUUCUGUAUUCAACGACACAUUUUCCAACCCAGUGUUGCUCAACCCAUCCGGGUCCUCGCAAUCGUCUCAGACCUACGAGCUCUCUUCAAGAAAUAUUGCAUGGCCCGGAGAGGCAAAUAAAUAUGUUUCAUCACCUAUUAUCCCUGGUGGCUAUUCUAGCUUUGAUGAGAUUGUCCCCCCUCCUAACUGGCACAACCGCUUUCCAAAUAAUUAUACCAAGGAAAAUCCCCCUCCCGACCUCCACAAUGACGAGCGCUUCCAGAACUGGAUGCGAACUGCGGGGCUUCCUACCUUUACAAAACUCUAUGGCAGAAAUGACAACGACACGAUGCAAAAGGGUACAUACCAAAUAAUUGUUGGACUAAAUUUCCCCGUCCUUUCAUACAAAGGAACUAAAUCGAUUGUUAUAUCCACUGUCUCAUGGUCUGGUGGAAAGGGCAAUUUCUUGGGAUGGUCGUACAUUGCUGCAGCAGUAGUUUAUCUUUUGCUCGCAGUUUUCGGCGCCGCCCGUCAGCUCAUUAAACCAAGGCGUAUUGGAGAUAUAUCUCAUCUGUCAUGGAAUCAACAAAAGAUCCUAUGA